AGGAGGGCGACCUCCGGGCUCGGAAGCGGCUCGCAGCGCUUGAAAAUUGGAGGCUUCCCGCUUGCAGGGUGGCGAAGGGCCGCGUCCCUGGGGCCAUGAGCCGCCUGGGCUCGGUGCAGCAGAAGGUGCCCUGCCUCUUCGUGACUCAAGUGAAGGAGGAGCCCUCGGCCAAGCGGGAGCGCCAGACUUUUAAAGUGUUGGCCACCAACUCAAUUAAUAAAAAGGCUUUAGCUGCAGAUAUAUACAGUGCAAUCCCAACAGAAAAGGUGGAUGGAACUUGCUGUUAUAUAACUGCAUACAAAGGUCAUCCAUACCUUUGGGCCCGACUUGAUAGAAAACCAAACAAGCAAGCUGAGAAGAAGUUUAAGCAGUUUAUGUACUCAGCAGAACGCUCAAAAGGAUUUACAUGGAAUAUUGAAGAUGAUUUCAGGUCUGUCCCUGAAUGCUGGAUUCCAGCCAAGGAAAUAGAGUACUACAAUGGAAAGCCUUUUCCUGAUGAAAAUGGACACAUUCCAGGUUGGGUGCCAGUAGAAAAAAACAGCAAACUAUAUUGUUGGCAUUCUUCUGCUGUUGAUUAUGAAUAUGAACUUGGUCUCAUUCUGAAGCAUCAUGCUGAGGAACCUGAUCUUCUAGAAAUCUGUUCAGUACCUUUAAGUGAAUUUACAGAGCAGACACUAGAACUUAUUGGAACAAAUAUUAAUGCAAAUCCAUAUGGCUUAGGAAAUAAGAAACAUCCUAUACACCUUCUUGUGCCACAUGGAACAUUUAAGAUUAAAAAUGCACCAUCAAUAAAUCACAAUGACAUAUUGGCUUGGCUUGAUGGAUGCAAAGAAGGGAAGAUUGAAGGAAUUGUGUGGCAUUGUCCUGAUGGAAAUUUAAUCAAGCUUCAUAGACAUCAUCUUGGCUUGUCCUGGCCAAUUGCGGAUCCUUCUUUGGCAUCAAAACCAGUUACUGUCACUUUCAGUAGAGCCAAGUACAACUUUGAACCAAAGACUCUCUUUCAUUAUUUUUCAAAGUUGGAUGGACAAAGAUUUAGUAGUCUUAGAGAUAUAAUAAGUGACUUAUGACCGGGUCUCUUCAGAAAAUACAUUGAAUCAUCUUGUAUGUCUGCUUCUUCAUUUAUAAUAAUCUAAAGAGAUUUAAUUUUUUUGUUGAACUGUAAUAUAAAUUGUAUUAUGUCUACAUAUCCUUGACUAUAAAAUUAUACACACAUGUAUGUACGUAGCUGAACAAACUCUAGUAGAAAAGCUAUGAAGAAAACCUUAAUUUUUCAGCACUUACUGUUUUAAUCUCUAAAGAUGAAAUAUGCAACAAUUUUUUAUUCAAGCAGUGAAAGUUAAGUAUUAGUCUCACAGGUUCUUUUAAUUUUAAACGUACAGAUACCUCAUUAAAAAAAACCUAAUAGUGUAUCCAUUUUUGCUGGCACUGUAAUAUUUUACUUUAGUAAAUUUUAUGCAGUGAAGGCAUAAAAAAGUAGGAAACUAUUAGAAACUAUACAACCUUAUAGUAAGAUAUUGUGGUAGUUUUUACAUGCUGCUAGCAUCAUUGGAGAACAUAAUAUUUCAAUAUUAAUCAGUCAUGAAUAGUGUAAGUAGAACAUUUUACUUAAAAUA